AUGAUGACGCUGAUGACGAUGAUGCAAAAGAUGAACGAGCGGAGUGAUUCCCACACGACUGAUGAUAGCAAGGCCGUCGAUGCGACGAGCUUUCGCCAGUACUGGUUGUCCCAGCUGCUCCCGAGCCUGCGCCAGCCAAGCCUCAUCAUCAUGGACCACGCAGCACACCGCAAGCUCUUCCCUCUGCACAUCCCACACGUCGCGACCGCAAGCAAGGCGGACCUGCUCGGGUUCCUGACGGCGCCACCGACGGGCGCCGAGACAGUGGAGGAAGCUGUGGCGGAGAUUGGGACCGGGACACCAUUGACACUACAACCAGUGGCAUCAACACGUGGUGGUGAUGUUGGUGGUGAAGGUGAUCGUGGUGGUGAUGGUGAACGUGGUGGUGAUGGUGAACGUGGUGGUGGUGAAGGCAGUGACGACGACGAUGGAGUUGCAGGCAGCAGCAGCAGCAGCGACAGCGGUGAUAAGCAGCAGCGGGUUGUGGAGGCUGAUGCCAGUAGCCAUGAACGCAAACGGGUGCGCGUGCCGGGUGCUGGGCCGCACAUGCACGUGGACACGCUGAGGCGCCUCGCGAGCAAAUGGAUCAGGGCACACUGCGUGCCGGAGCUUGUAUCGCUGGCGCGGCAGCAAGGCCACGAGGUUGCCUUCACGCCGCCACGCUACUCGGACCUGCAGCCGAUGGAGCUGGUGUGGGCUCUCCUCGGGGCACGCAUGGCCCGGCAGGACGCAUCUUGCACAGCCACGUCCGAUGUGAGGCAGCGGUUAUUGUGCAGCAUCGGUGACAUCUCCAAGGCCUGCAGCAGAGGUGCCCGCACCAUCGUACAGGCGCUCAUUGACCACGCGGACAAGACGGCGAUACAACAACGCGUCAUGUUGUUUGAGAGUGGGACAUCUCAUCAGGCACCGCGCACCACCGUGUCAUCGACGUUGUCCCCUUCACAGCCCGCCGCACACAGCGAAGCGCCCUCUCAACCACACGUUGCACCCGAAGCACAGCCCGCACCAGUGCAACACCACCAGCAGCAACAUGAUGGUGGUCGUGGCGCAUCCAGUGUGGAGGAGCUCCAACGAAGAGCGGAUGCCUUGCUCGACGUCAUCCUCGGCGAAUCAACGACGACGACCACGACCACCACCAAUGCCAUCACCAACAUCACUACUGCUGCUGGCGUGGACACUUCAAGGGCCGGAUUGGACGCGGUUGACGGCCUGGCGGAGGCUGCAAUGCAACUGCUGUUGGAGGAGGACGUGCCACUGCAGGCGGAGGGGGAUGAUGGUGAUGAUGAUGAGGGUGAUGAUCAUGGUGAUGAUCAUGGUGAUGAUGGGGAGGAUGAAGCUUAAGCUUCUCCGGUGUUCAUGUGUUGCUGUGCGUGUGUGUGUGUAUGUGUGUGUGUGUGUGUGUGUUUGGCUGUCU